AUGAUUCGGGGAAGAUUAUUAAAAUGGGAUGUUGAGCUCAACCAGUUUGACAUAACGCACACGCACCGGACAGCAAUCAAGGGCCAAGCUCUGGCUAAUUUUGUUGUAGAGUUCGCUAAGGCUCCUAAAAUUGAAGUGAACAUGGAGCCGACAAAGCUCCCUACGUGGAACCUCUUUGUUGACGGCUCCUCAGGAGAGACGGGCUCUGAAGCUGGUGUCGUGUUGGAAAUCCUAGAGGGGCACAAGCUUAACUGCGCCGUAAGGCUCGGAUUCAAGGCCUCCAAUAACAUGGCUGAAUAUGAGGCUCUCAUGGCUGGACUUCGAUUAGCCAAAGAGUUGCAAAUGAAAAGGUUUAUUAUCAUCAGUGAUUCACAGUUGGUGGUAAAUCAAGUUAAUGGCAGGUUCGUGGCCAGGGACAAGCUUAUGGCAGCCUAUUUGAAGUUGCUCAUGAACUCCAUACCUAAAUUCGAGAAGUUUGAGCUCAUCCAAGUGCCACGCCAAGAAAACUCCUAUGCGGAUGCUUUAUCAAAGUUGGUCAGCAGCAAAGAUUCAAACUUGCUCAAAGUAGUACUAAUUGAGCACCUGGCUGAACCUUCCAUCAAAUGCAUAGGGGGAGAAGAAGCAAAUUAUAUCCUUAAAGAAGUAUAUGAAGGCAUUUGUGCGAAUCACUCCGGUGGACUUGCCUUGGCGCACAAGAGGCAGCUAUCUCAAGAUCUCACUGUUGUGUCCAGCCCGUGGCCGUUCGCCAAAUGGGGUGUAAACUUUAUUGGAGCGCUCUCUUCGCCAUAUUCACCAAAUGGGUGGAAGCAGAGCCUAUGGCCAAGUUUCUCUGGAAAAAACAUCAUAUGCCUGUUUGGCAUACCUCAUUCCUUGGUUUCUGACAAUAGCAAACAGUUCGACAACAGGAAGUUCCGGGAAUUGUGUGAUGAGCUCAGAAUCAGAAAGCAUUUCUCUUGA